CUUUACUUUUGAAGCUGCUUCCAUAGCUGGAACAGUAGCCUUCCAUUCACAGUUGCACCCUGAUCGCUGAAUGGUAGGGGUGCCUGCCCAACCCUCUUCCUCUACAACAGGAACCAGCCACCUCUAAACAGCAAACCCUCAAGCAUCACUUCUAGGACCUGAGUUUCAGGUUUCCCAUCUGUGUGUCCCCGAGGCUGGCCAAGGCAGAGCCAAGGAGCAUUACUCUGGGGUGUACCCCUUCUUCCAGCAGGAUCGCCCUGGUCCUUCCUCUGCUGCAGAUGGGCUCUCCUGUGCGCAUGGCUGCCCUUCCCUGCCUGAGUCUGAUCCUGCUUUUCUGGAGCCAGGGGCCAGGGGUCCGGGGCCAAGAAUUCCAAUUUGGGCCCUGCCAAGUAGAAGGGGUAGUUCUUCAGGAACUGUGGGAAGCCUUCCAGGCCAUGAAGGACAUUGUGCAAGCUCAGGAUAGUAUCACGGGCGUCCAGCUGCUGCGGAAGGAGGUUCUGCAGAAUGCCUCGGAGGCUGAAAGCUGCUACCUCAUCCAUGCCCUGCUGGAGUUCUACUUGAACACUGUCUUCAAAAACUACCGCGAUAAGGCAGUUGAAUUCAGGAUCCUGAAGUCAUUCUCUACCCUGGCCAACAACUUUAUUGUCAUCGUGUCCAAACUGCAACCCAGUCAGGAAAAGGAGAUGUUUUCCAUCAGUGAGAGUGCACACAGACGGUUUCUGCUGUUCCAGCGAGCAUUUAAACAGUUGGACAGAGAAGCAGCUGUGACCAAAGCCUUUGGAGAAGUGGACAUUCUCUUGACCUGGAUGGAGAACUUCUACCAGAUGGGGCAUGGAGCCAGGGAGUUUCCGACACCUGGGAACAACCGGAGAAGCAUCACUGGAUCUGGACAUGGUGCUGGUGAUUGAGCAUUGACCACGGACGGAUGGACGCGGCAAGACUCCAGGGGAUGGUGCAGCAACAGGCAGAAGGCAUUUGAGUCCCUGGAUGACCCCAUGGCUCAGGCCACCUCCUCCUGGCUACCUGCCUUUGCUUGAGAGGAAAAUAGGCUUCCAGGUUGUGGGCCGUGGUUUAGGGUUUGCUGCAUUAGCUUAGCCUACCCCCUAAUUAAAUCAGGGAAACUUGCCACACUUAGUUUUUACUGGUUCCUGAAGUAAUAAUGUUUCUGCUAUGGUAGGCUGCUUUAGAGAAUAAAAUGGUUUAGAGAAUAAAAUGAAUAGUUUACAG